CGUCGUUGUUGUUUUCACGCACACGUGCUAAACGUAAGUGCACUUGUUUAUUUUGAAUUUGCAAUCAAAUAAAAUGGCACAACUAAAAGCUAAGCGUGCUAAAAAGGCGCUGCCAGCAGCCUCAGAUAGCUCUGAUGCGGAGGCAAGUGUGGCGAGCGGUGACGAAGGUAACACGGGUUGGGCAAACUCGAUGCUCAAAGUGUUGGAGACAACUAAAUCGGCAGCCCAGAAGCCCGUUUUGUCGCGCGCCAAGAAACUGAAACCCACCAAUGCGCAAACCGAAAAGAAGGCCAAAAAGGACUAUGACUUUGAGAUUGAUGGCGCUGAAGUGAAGGAGGAGGAGCAGGAUAAGUCAAAGGAUGUGAAGCCAGAUGAAUCUACGUUAAAUGCCGAACUGACAAAACAACAACGCAAAAAUGUGCCGCUGCAGUUGCGAGUGAAGCCAAAUUUUCGUGAUCUGGAGCGAGAGCGUAAUCUGCGCAAAGUUGCUACACGUGGCACGGUGCAGUUCUUCAAUGCAGUACGCAUUCAGCAGAAGGACAUUAAGCAGCAGCUGGUGGAAGCGGGUCCUUUGGACAGUCGUCAGGAUGCUGUUCUCAACAACAUUGAUAAACGCAAGUUUCUCGAUGUGCUGAUGAGUGGUAAACGUGCCAAGUCCGCUCUGAUAGACAAUCCCGUCAAGAAAGAGGAGCAGGAAACGGAUUCCGAUGAUGAACAGGAUGAUGAAGAGCCAUCCGAUGAUGAAAAGCCAUCGACAAACAAGAAGAAAAAGGAAUGGAAUGUGCUGCGUGAGGACUUUAUGACCAACAAGAAGAUCAAGCACUGGGACGAGGAGGACGACGAUGAGCCAGAGGAGGCGGACAACAACAGUGAUGACAGCGACGAUGAAUAAUACAUUAAGAUUAAAUAAAGCUAGUUAGUUUUGUAUCUUUUUUAUUAAUAAAUAAUAAUUACUCCA